UUCAUGGCGGUUGCCAGGAGGAUCAAAACUUUGCUGACGGUCAACAUCCUGGUGUUCGUGGGCAUCAUCCUCUUCUCCGUGUACUGCCGCCUGCAGGACCGCUCCGAGGCGCUGGGGCAGACCGUGCGCAGCCGGCACACCGAGGCGGGCGCGCUGCAGGGCCGCGAAGCCAUCCUCCAGCGCCUGGACCACCUGGAGGAGGUGGUCUACAACCAGCUGAACGGCCUCGCCAAGCCCAUCGGCCUGGUGGAGGGACCAGGGGGCCUGGGCCAGGGCGGCAUGGCGGCCACCCUGCGCGAGGACAGCCUGGAGACGGAGAGCAAGUACGAGGAAUACGGGUACAAUGCACAGCUCAGCGGUCGCAUCUCCCUGGACAGGACCAUCCCGGACUACAGGCCAAAAAAGUGCAGACAGAUGACCCACGCCACCGACCUGCCCCAGAUCUCUGUGGUGUUCAUCUUUGUCAACGAGGCCCUGUCCGUCAUCCUGCGCUCUGUGCACAGUGUGGUCAACCGCACACCCUCGUGGCUGCUCAAGGAGGUCAUCCUGGUGGACGACAACAGUGACAGUGUGGAGCUCAAGGCCAGCCUGGACCAGUAUGUUAACAGGAGGUACCCAGGCCUGGUGAAGAUCGUCCGCAACAACAGGCGGGAAGGCUUGAUCCGGGCACGGCUGCAGGGCUGGAAGGUGGCCACGGCCCCGGUGGUCGGAUUCUUCGAUGCCCACGUGGAGUUCGGCACGGGCUGGGCCGAGCCCGCGCUCCUGCGGAUCCAGGAGGACCGCCGGCGCAUCGUCCUGCCGGCCAUCGACAACAUCAAGUACGACACGUUCGAAGUGCAGCAGUACGCCAGCGCGGCCCACGGCUACAACUGGGGCCUGUGGUGCAUGUACAUCAUUCCGCCCCAGGACUGGCUGGACCGUGGCGAUGAGGCAGCGCCCAUCAGGACCCCCGCCAUGAUCGGCUGUUCAUUCGUUGUGGACCGCGAGUACUUCGGGGACAUCGGGCUGCUAGACCCAGGCAUGGAGGUGUACGGUGGUGAGAACAUUGAGCUGGGCAUGAGGGUGUGGCAGUGCGGCGGCAGCAUGGAGGUGCUGCCCUGCUCCCGCGUGGCUCACAUCGAGCGUUCCAAGAAGCCCUACAACAAUGACAUCGACUACUAUGCCAAGCGCAAUGCCCUGCGGGCAGCCGAGGUGUGGAUGGACAGCUUCAAGUCCCACGUGUACAUGGCCUGGAACAUCCCCAUGACCAACCCAGGGGUGGACUUUGGGGACGUGUCUGAACGGCUGGCCCUACGGCAGCGCCUGAAAUGCCGCAGCUUUAAGUGGUACCUGGAGAACGUGUACCCGGAGAUGAGGACCUACAACGACACCCUCACGUACGGAGAGGUGAGAAACAGCAAAGCCAGCGGCUACUGCCUGGACCAGGGAGCAGAAGACGAUGACCGCGCAAUCCUCUAUCCGUGCCACGGGAUGUCCUCCCAGCUGGUGCGGUACAGCACAGGGGGCCUGCUGCAGCUGGGGCCGCUGGGCUCCACUGCUUUCCUGCCGGACUCCAAGUGCCUGGUGGAUGAGGGCAGGAGCCGCACGCCCGCCCUGAAGAAGUGCGAGGAUGUGGCCCGGCCUGCGCAGCGGCUGUGGGACUUCACCCAGAGUGGCCCCAUCGUGAGCCGAGACACUGGCAGGUGCCUGGAGGUGGAGAUGUCCAAGGACGCCAACUUCGGGCUUCGGCUGGUGGUGCAGAGGUGCUCAGGGCAGAAGUGGACCAUUAGAAAUUGGAUCAAGCAUGGGCGGCACUGACCCCAGCCCCACCCUGCACCCCUCCCCUGAUGUAUACCUUAAGGACCUGGGGAAGGCAUCGGGCCCACCUGCUGGGCCGGGUGCCAGGACUCAGGCCCCUUCCCUCCUACCGCGCCACUGGGACCCAAAGGGCCCUGGAUGUGCUCUGCGCCACCCCUGGCCGGGACCUCAGCUCAGCUGCCAACAGGCCAUGUCUCUGGGACAGCGGGGAUCUCCCCGUGCACUUGGAGGCAGAUGCCCAGGACCAGCCACCCCACCAGGAGCACAGACCCUGAAGCCAACUCCAGCUCCAAAUCACGUGCCUUUUCUCCGGUAUUCCUGUCCAGGCCACUGGGACGGCCCACUCUCUGCAUGUGCUGAAGCCCCUGUACAUCCCCCCCUCGUCAAAGUAACCCCCGAGAACUCAGAGGGCUGCCAAGCUCCCGUCCCCUCCAGGCAGAACUGUGCCCUCUUCCGUCUUCUGGUCAUCUAAGGCAAAACCCGGGAGAGCAGAGCAGAGCCCUCUCCAAGGCUGGGGACAGGGAAACACAGCAGACGCAGCUGCAGUGGUCCGCACGGCGCCCCGGGCAGUGCUGAGACUAGGAGAUUGCGCUGCUUCCAUCUGGCACAGAGUGGAUCAGAGGGCACAGGGCUUGUCUCAUUCACAGGAGUCCCACCUGCUGGGUCGUCCGGGAUCGGGGCCCCUGUUGUACCAUCUCACCCAGGGCCAGGCACUUCCCCUUAUUGCUCUGAGGCAGGGGUCAGCAAAUGAUGACCCACGGCCCUGUGCCUGUUUUUAUAAAUAAAGUUUUAUUGGCACACAGCCACACCCAUCUGUUCCUAUAUUGUCCGGCACAGCUUUCUUGCUCCAGGGCCAGAGUGGAGAAGCAGCACAGGCCCCACAGGGCCGUCCCAGGGGCUCAAGAAUGCUGUCUCUGGGCAGGACGGUGUUUUAUGAUUGCACUGAACGUUACAGGGCGGAUGGGGUGCAUCUACCUGGGAGCAAAGCUGGAUAGUCCUGUCCCCGUCCCCCAUCAGACCUGGUGCCCAGCUAUACCCAACACCAGGUGCACCUGACAC